CAGUAAAUCCGUCGUCCAACAAAACCAAAAUCCGCUGUGUUCUGCUUCUGCUGCUUGCUGAUUUUUCCUCAUUCGAAACGCCUCGUCGCUGUUGUUGGACCAGCUUUCGGUAGUUAGCUCCUGGCAGCAGCGCCUACUUGCUCACCUCGAGUCGAGGAACACAAAUCCGUUCAUUUCGCGAGUUUUUCGGCAUUUUCCGGAGUAUUUUUGUUUUAAAGUUUGUGGAAAGUGGAAACGGAAGCCAAAAAAUCGGAACGGAUCGCGUUCAGCCCGAUUUUUGAGUGGGAUUCGGUGUGAUUUUUGUUCGGUUGGUUUUUUUUUUCUCGCCUACUAAGUUUUCCUUUCUCGGGAAGGGAGCCUCCUUGGAUUGAAAUCAGACUCGAGAGCUGUGAAGUGAAUAUUGGCUGCAAUGUGAAAGUCUAGUUUGAAGCAGAGUGUGGUGUAGAAAGAAGCAGCAGUCCCAAGAGCUGUGUUUGUGUGAUAUCGGGCUCUCAAGGAAAAGCACCAGAAGAAAGAAACCAAUCGCGGGAAGAGUGUGUGCGAGUUAGCGCGAAUAAAAAAGUGUUACGAAAAGAAGAAAAAAAAAUAGAUAUCAAACAGAUCGAAAGGCUGUGUUGUGCCCCUUGCUGCUGCUGAAAGAAGAACAACCCCACGUUUAGGCGGCAGAAAUGGAUCUAUUCGAGAAGGGAAGCAUAGUCAACAUCAAACGAAGUGAUGGUCGCGUACACUCUGCGAUGGUGUCCAGGAUCCACGAGGCGUCACGCUCGGUCACCGUCGAGUGGUACGAGCGUGGCGAAACCAAAGGAAAAGAAGUCGAGCUCGAUAUGCUGCUGGAGCUGAACAAACCAGACCAUUUGGCUGCAGACAGUGAUGCCACACUAGUGCCACAACUUAGGAAGGACCACAUAACUCCUGCACCAGCCAACCUUGCUAGGGAAUCGUCACAAUCGUCCGCCGAGGACGAUGGCUUCCUGGAAGAUCAGGAAGAUCCCUCCCUGGUGCAGCACAAUAACAACAACAACCAUAGUAGCAGUAAUGGAACUUCUAAUGGCACCGGAAGCAGUGGAGCUGGGCUUGGCGGUGGCACUAUGCCCAUCAGUCGGUCCACGAAUGCGGCUACUAAAUCGAAUGCUACACAAGGUGCAAUCAGCAGGCUCAACCUAGUGAAUGGAGCUGCACGAACAGCACGAACCUCGCUGGCCCCGAGCAUCAACGGCCAAGAUCAGUCCGAAAACAUUCCCCCGCAGAAAGCGAAACAGGCUAAGCCCCAACCCCCUACAGGAAGAAUGUCGAUGGCCGCACAGCCUACCGCCGCGAGCCAAAUCGCGCCCCCACCAGCGGCAGUCUCACAGCUUGCCAAGGAUGCGUCCAAUCCGCGACGGUCCUAUGUUGUCAAAGAGGUGGAACGAUUGAAGGAGAAUCGUGAGAAACGGCGAGCCAAACAAGCGGUCAUCAGGGAGGAAAAGAAUGCUUUGAUGAAUAUGGACCCGGGUAACCCCAACUGGGAACUGGCGGCCAUGAUCCGGGAAUACCAAAGCCAAAUCGAUUUCCGGCCACUACUCGACGGUCAAGCGAUCGCCGAUAACCAGAUUACGGUGUGCGUGCGUAAGCGACCGCUCAGUCGGAAGGAGGUGAUGCGCAAGGAACUGGACGUCAUCUGCGUACCCACCAAAGACACACUGAUCGUGCACGAACCGAAAACCAAGGUGGAUUUGACAAAGUUUUUGGAAAAUCACAACUUCCGGUUCGAUUACGCGUUCGACGAUACCUGUGGAAACGAACUGGUUUAUAAGUACACAGCAAAACCUCUAGUUCAGACCAUUUUCGAAGGUGGCAUGGCUACCUGCUUCGCCUACGGUCAAACGGGUUCCGGUAAGACACACACUAUGGGUGGCGAUUUCAAUGGCAAGGUUCAGGACUGCAAAAAUGGUAUUUACGCGAUGGCCGCCAAGGAUGUGUUCGCCUAUCUACACAGUCCCAAGUACAUCCCGCUAAAUUUGGUAGUGUCGGCAAGCUUCUUCGAGAUCUACAGUGGAAAGGUAUUCGAUCUUUUGUCAGAUAAACAAAAACUGCGUGUCCUCGAGGACGGCAAGCAGCAGGUGCAGGUGGUGGGCCUUACAGAGAAGGUGGUAGACUCCGUCGAAGAAGUUCUAGGAAUUAUAAAUCACGGCAACAGUACUCGCACAUCUGGUCAAACAUCGGCUAAUGCAAACUCUUCUCGGUCACAUGCCGUGUUCCAACUGGUCGUACGCCCCAAAGGAUCCACCAAAAUCCACGGCAAGUUUUCAUUCAUCGAUCUGGCGGGUAACGAACGAGGCGCGGAUACAUCGUCGGCAAACAGACAAACCCGAAUGGAAGGUGCUGAAAUCAACAAGUCGCUACUGGCAUUGAAGGAAUGUAUUAGAGCCCUGGGAAAACAGAAUGCCCAUUUGCCAUUCCGAGUUAGUAAGCUCACCCAGGUCCUGAGGGAUUCGUUCAUUGGCGAGAAGAGCAAAACCUGCAUGAUUGCAAUGAUUUCACCGGGACUGAGUUCGUGCGAGCACACGCUGAACACGCUCCGGUACGCCAACCGCGUCAAGGAACUAGUGGCCAUUGACCCGUCCGAGCGAACGGACGAAGUCGAACCGAUGGAGAGCGACGAACCCAAGAACGGUAUGCUGUCGGAGAACGAUUUGGCUCAGCUGCGCUCGUUGAAUGAACACGACAUGUCGGUGGAACUGUACAACCAGCAUGCGGCUAUUUCGGACCUACAGCAGACGGAAGAGGAAGUUGCCGACCACCACCAGAAAGUCAACGAAUUCCUGAUGAAGUUCUUGCCUGAAUCUAGGGAGCUAUAUAAACUGAUGAACUACGUCGAUUACGAUCAGGACGCUUACUGCAAACGUGGUGAAGAGCUAUUUACUCAACUGGCGGAAAUUGCGACGACGUGCAGGGACCUAAUGUCCGAAUUCCGGACGAAGCUGGCCAAGGAGGAAAUGCUGUCGCACAAAAUCAAACCGGGCCGAAAAUACAAUUAAGCACUUUCUCCUUCCUUUCUCUCUCUGUUAGUUCAAGCGUAAACGAAAUGAAAUUGAUAACUUGUAAGAUCGAGUGAAUGCGCGCGCGUACGAAAAGAUAAACGAGGAUAAUGGUGAUGCUGUACGCUUGCUGGACCAGCGACCAGCAGCGGGAAGAAGCAGAAGGGAAGCUAUACUAUCCAGUCGGCGUUAGUCCUUCAUUAUUGUGCGACUGAUUGUAAGUAGCUUUAUCUCUGAUAACGAAUGAACACACAUGCUGUCAAAACACCCGAACGUCAAACACCCACAGACAGAGCUACAUCUCUGCGCUCUUCUACGAACAGUCGCUAGGAACAACUUUCAACACGCAGGACGGAGGAUAUUUGUGGAGAUGCUUGUUAUUUAUUUAUUUACCACCAUUUUUAAACUCAUUCUACCUAACGCUAAAAAUAAACGGAAGAACACUCCUACGCAAACUGAUGAUUCCAAAUUUAUGCUGAAAUCGAUCAGCUAUCGAAGAUAUUACAGAGAAAUAAACUAAAUACUGACUAUUUUCCAAUAGAUGAGAUAAAUAUCCUUUCAUAGUAACUGUAGCGACAGAAACAAACAAAUAGAACGUUUAAUCACACGACCCAACAAUUCCUAACAAAAAGAGUAACUGUAACACAUUCUGCUACUAUGGAUGAACAAGCUUUUCUCCCCCUGCUUAGCAUUUUGAAAUCAGUUCAUUCCUCGAAUGAGAACAUAUAAAGUAGGCACAUUAGUGUUGGAAAUUUGUUGAAAAGUGUUUGUAACCAGACGAAACGACCAAUAUUAAAUUGUUAAGUAUAAAGAAGAAACGAUUAUUCUUAUCUCUUUCGCAACAAACUGCAAAAAAUGCAUUAUUCAACCAAACCUGGAAAAAGUCCCCGAUGAUUUAGUUGUUUUAGCUGUAGAGUCACUUUAAUUUCUCGUUUAUCCACGUCACGAAAUUUAUACACCUUUUCCAAUUUUAAACCUGACUUGUUCACUUACACAUGUGAUGACAAUGCAUGAAUUCAGCUUGUUGGAAAUGUUAUGAAUAUAUCCCAUUCACCGCCAGUCUACAAAAACUAAUGAUAACAGUAUGUGACAAGGGCGAACGGUCAGAAGAAUCUUACAGGGUCAAGACUGCGGUAGCUCGGGGCUGAGCUCACCGAAAGACUAUGCUGAAGUAAGAAAUUCGAGGUGAAAACCAUGUAGCGGAUUGCCCUGCUCUCAAUAUAUCUAUAGGUAUUAGCGAAAGAAGGGUGGAUAUGGGAUGCGUGGAUGUAACAAAUGUAGAUAGGAAACGGCUUACAAUGAUGAAAUACAAAAGGCAGAAAAGACGAAACAAAGGCAUACACACACAUAUUACUAUUUAGAAACAAACGCAACUGAUACAAACUAUGAAAGAUUAACAAUUUACACAAGUAUAAGGAGUAUUUUGCGAGUGUGAUCAAAUUAGAACAAAGCAACAAAAAAGUGUAUCUGUCUGCUCGAAGUGAAGAAUGUGGCAGGAGACAUAACCCAGUCAAACGAAGAAAGCAAAAAGCUAU